UAACCCAAUAAUUCAACCUCAGUAUUCGAAGAAAAAAGAAAAGCCUCUCCCUCUCCUUCAUGUAAUAAGCGUGGCUUAAUGCAAGCAUAGAGAUAACCAACGUCGACUCGAUUGGAUUUCGAUAAGUUAACUAGUAAGAUCUGUUUGUUAUUAUGGCUGGUUCGCCCGAUUUCGUUGAGUUUGCUGGGCAGAAGGGGGCGAGAUGGCCGGAGAUGUCGGGAUUUUCACAGACUUGUAGUCUGUUGAGUCAGUACCUCAAGGAGAAAGGUAGUUUGGGAGAUCUGAGUCUUGGGAUGACAUGCAGCAGUGAAGGAAAUGGUACACCAGAGAUGGUGCGUCAGGUGGCAACAACAAUGAAUUUGUUUCCAAUGAGUGAGAAACAAGGUGAUGUUUCCACCACAAACAAGCCUACCACUCGGACUAAUUUAAUAUCCAUGGAUUUGUUCCCUCAACAAGCUGGUUUUACUACAUCUGCUCCCAAGGAAGAUGUGCAAAAGAGUCGUGACUCGCGUAUUAACAAGGCGGCAACCCCAGAGCCUCAAACUGCCCAAAUGACUAUUUUCUAUGCUGGACAAGUAAUCGUGUUCAAUGAUUUUCCAGCUGAUAAGGCUAAGGAGGUUAUGCUCUUAGCUGGCAAGGGAAGCUCCAAAGGACUCACGGGGUUUGUUCCUUCUGUUCCAGUCAAGAAUCAUCCUGUUUUUGCUCCUAAUGUUGCUAAAACACCUGUUGAAUCGAGCGGUUCAAUUCCUCCUAGCUCGAAUGCCGUUCCUAAUUUUGGCAAUAAUUUAAAUCAGGAGCGCAUGCAACCUCCCACUCAAAGCAUUGCUAAUGAUCUACCAAUUGCAAGGAAAGCUUCCCUUCACCGGUUUUUGGAAAAGAGGAAAGAUAGGAUCACUGCAAGAUCUCCAUACCAAACAAUUGGCUUGUCGGGCUCUCCUUCUAAGCCAGCUGAAAGCAAGUGGCUGCUUAAUCUUCGCAGUAACACGAUUGCUAAUCAUAUUUGAUUUUUAGGUUUUUACAAUUCAGGCGCGGCCCACCCCCCCCUUCUUUUUUUUUUUUUUAUCUUUGCUUGUUUUUGUGGCGGAUGUUGAAUCCUGCUGUUUCCUUUUGGUUGUUUUUAAGCCAAGGCUUUUUCUCCGGCCACUAUAGACCUAACAGUUUAUCAAUCUUACUAUUAGUUCA